GAGACCAAAUUCUCUUCGGAGUGUUAAAAUUGUAAAUCUAAGAAGAAAACAGAUAUGGAGGGGAUUCGUAAGGCUGCUGAAGCUUAUUUUGAAAAUCAGUCCGAUAGGAAAAAGAAAAAGGCCAGAAAAACUUUCAAUGCCAUGGAUAAGAACGGAGACGGGAAAAUUAGCCUCCGUGAAUACACGGACCAUCUCACGAGAAAAAAAGCCACAAACUUCACUCAUCAGAACAUCUUCGGCGCGCUGGACAAGGACGGCAAUGGAAACUUGGAUUUUGAGGAAGCAAUCGUCUUGUUCUACCUCAUGCAGAGUGGAAGAGCUCUAAUUUGCAAGUCUUGUAAGACGUUCUUGGCAGGAGCAUACUUCAGUUGCUCUCAAUGUUUCUUCAAUGAUUCAGUUAGCACCUAUGAAAUUUGUUGUGAUUGUUAUGGUGGUAAAAAGUUCAGACACAACGAUGGGCACAUCUUCUGCGAUCACUAUACUUUACUACGUCAAAGCAGGAGUGCGAUACAAGCGGCCCCCAUAAGGAAGCGAGAGAAGGUGCUUCAAUUCCUUAAAAAGGGACUGCUAGUUGCUAGUAUCAGUGCUGGUGUUGCUGAAUGCAUAUCUAAUGGUGAUGAUGAUGAUGAUUCAUCAAAAUUUAACUGUAGCAUUAUGUGAAAGAAACCAAUGAUGCAUUUUAUCACCAGUCAAAUGCUUCAUUCGUACUGUAAUUGCUGAUGAGGUAAGAACAAAUGACUUGAAACUCUUCAAGUGAAGCUCACAUGCAUCCAGUACGUAGAGAAUAAGCUCAAGUAACUUUUAUGGAGUUGUAUUUUUGUGUUGCAAUUGUAUUCUCAUGCAUUCGAUCUCCAUAUUCUCAUGUGUACUUUUGGAGGGCAUUGAGAAGUUGUUAGUUUAAUCUUAAGCUGCUAUUAUGUAAAAUCAUGUUGUUAAUGAAGCUUAUCUAGCGAAAUCAUUCAGCACCA